UUGUGAGAGUAGUUGUAGAAGUUGUCAAGAAGGGGAAUAUUCGCCAUUAACUUGUAUUUGAUACUUGGAGCGGACAGGAUUGAAUUAAAACAGCCACCGGGGUUAAAUUCACAUAACUAGUGUGAAACUUGAAUUAGAAACAACAAGGAGGCGAAUAAUUCCAUUCAUUUGGAAUACGGAGGAUUUAAGUGGAUUUCAUCCGGCUCAAAAUUGCAGAAUAAUGUCUACUCAUACAACCAUCCUGAGGACCCGAGGGAGGAAUGGACCCGUCCGAAGGAACCUGUUUGGCCCAGUGGACCGAGAGCAGCUCCAGCUGGAGUACCAGGCUGCCCUGCAUAAGGAUCUGCAGGAAGCAUCACAGCGCUGGGGAUUUGACUUUAUUUCAGACAAGCCUCUGGAGAGCAGUGAUUUUAAGUGGGAGGGCAUCCCAGGCACAAAGGUGCCAGUGCUUUACAGAUCCUGCAAGCCUGGUGUUGAACCGUCUGACAGUAAGAGGGCGGCUGGAGCGAUGGUUCCUGGCAGGAAAAGGAUGGAGUCGCCACAGAGCGAGAAGGAGAACAUCCCUCACACACCAGAGAAGCGUGCAAUCAACCUGGAAAGCUGGCAGAGAACACCAGAGCAAGGAGAAAAUAGAGCGCUGAAGAGGAAACAGACCAACAUCACAGAUUUCUAUCAGGCUAAAAGAAGAAUAGUCUGGAUGCCACUGAAAUCUGAAUGAUUUUCAUGGCAAACGUGCCCACAUUCCAGGAGAACAACACAAACAGCACCUCACUCAGGAAUCCCACCCUCUUCACAGACUCUCAGAUGGAAGUCCAGAGGGAGCCUGUGGGUCAUCUGAACACAGAAGAAACCUCAGCCACGCCCGUUUUGAUUGUUUCAGAUUAAUUAGGGUAUAGUAUGUCAGGGUUUUGUUUUUUUUCUUGUUUUUUUUUUUCAUUUCUUCCCUCUCCCAGGGCUAAGAGGGACAUUUGAGCAGAGAAGAUUACCAGUAAUCUCUGGAAUCAGUGGAUUUAUACUCAUUUGGAUCAAGUGGUUGCCAAAGUGGUGGGUGACAUUUGCUACUGCACAUUCCUCAGCACUGAAAGCACAGUCACGUCUCAGCUUCCAGCUUGGUGGUAACUCCCUACCUCUCUCUACUGAACAGGUGUGACGUUUGUUAUUGAAUUAGUCAACAGUUCCUGCAAUUCAGCUGCAGAAUGACCGAAAACAGUAGCAAAUUGAUCCAGUGCUUCAUUGUUUUUUGUUCACAUUCACUGUUCUGUAUUGGCAGUGUUUUAUUUUUUGUUUAUUUAAUGUGUUUGACAAGGGCGAGGAGUCUUUUUUUUUUUUAAGUGUGUUUUACAUUGCAAGCCUUCGUGUACUCAGGCUUGAAGCGAUCUGAUAUUUUGAACAUGCUUUUGCUUAGACUGUAAAUGACAGAAGUGCAAAUCUGUCCACUUUUCCAUCCCUUCUCUAUACUGUAUGUUAAAUGGGUCUCAAAUCCCUAGAUCUGCCCUGUCCAGACCUUGUCAUAUGAAUGGCACCAGAUAAUGGAAGUUAUGUAUGUCGCACCAUGUAUUUUGGAGCAUAUAUAUAUAUAUACAUAUAUGUAUAUAUGUGUGUGUGUGUAUGUAUAUAUAUCAGAGAUUUAUGCAUAGAGUUGAAUAUAGCAUGGUUAAGUAGCAUAAUCACAAAAAACGUUGCAGUAUUGCACACAAAUCUAAUGGUGGUGUCUAUGAAGCUCCAUAUACCCAGUCAGUGCCUUUGUGGCCUUUGUGUUUUUUGGCAUUUAAAGUCCCAUAAAGGAAAUUCAGAGAGAAAGUAUUCCCACACACUAAUGUAUUAUUUAGAAAGUUAAAGCCAUGUGCUUUAUCACAGUGCAAUGUAACAGACAAAUAGUAUGUUUGUUCAUGACAUUUACGUCUGUUCUGGCAAAUCCUGCUGCUAUGGUUAAUCUGAAUGCAUGUCAGACAAGGUCAUUGCAACGAUAAUCCUUUAUGUACUGACAGCUCUGAAAAGUUUGCCAUUGGAAACGGGGAGCGGAAAAAAAAAAAAACUACCCAAAACAACAAAUGCACUUCUGUUGAUAGAUGCUUGAACACAAGUCCUACAUGUUGUUCUCAGCUAAAAGCCACAAAUGAGUCUUUAUUUAUUGUGAGUCGGUCUUUAUCACGUUGAUUUAGAUUGUAUGUAAUUAUGAUGAUUUCAAAUUGAAAUAAAAAGUCAAACUUAGAUAAUUGUUUGUGACUUUUCUAUAUGUUUUUGCUGAUCCUUCAUGUGUAGGGAAAAAAACCUAGCACAUAUCAAACGUGAUAUGUGCAGUUUUUUUUAAAUGGAUAAGGUGGCACCCAAA